UCUAGUAAACUCAAAGAAAACUAGAUUUGCAGCUGUUGUUUGUUGUCGUUUUUCAGAUAUUUACUAUAAAAUGCGUUUAUAUUUUACAAAAAUCGUUUUUUAAAUAAUUCAUCUAUAUAAAUAUUUUAUGUUGUUGAUAUUUGAAGUAGUAUAAAUUAAUAAUAAUGAAUGAUAAUCUAUGCAGAAUUUGUCUCUGCAAUGGAGCUUCUAUUCCAAUUUUUGAUACAAUUCGAGACGAAUUUAAAGAUGUUAGCCGAAGUCUUAGCCUGUGUUUUUAUGAAAAGAUUGAGGAUAUCCCUGGGUAUCCACGAAAUAUUUGUGAGACCUGCUAUAUGAGUGUAAAUGACAUAAUAGCCUUUCAAAAUAAGUUCAAACAAACCUGUGAACUUUUGAAGCAAACAUGUUUAGGAAGUUCAAAAGCUAUCAAACAAGAACAUGAAUAUUUAGAAUACAUGGAUUCACCGGGCGAUGAUGGUGAUGGGGACCUUGGACUUAUAAAAUCCGAAUAUCAAAUUUCUUUUAGUGAUGCAAAACAAUUUGAAGAACUUGUGAAACCUCUAAUUAAAAAAGAACCAAGAACAAGAAAACAACCUGUUGUUGAACCUUCAACCAAGAAAAACAAUAAUAAAAUCAGUAAGAAACUCAGGAAUAAGAAUUAUAGUCAUAUGAAUAAAACGGUCAAGAGAAAACUACUAAAUAGCAGAAUAUCCUCAUCUAUACUUGAAGGUGAAUUUGUUUUUACAGGAGAAAAGUGGUGCAUCAGAACAGCAAAUAAAACAAAAGCCAACCAAAACUCAACAGAAAAAAAUGUUAAGGAGCCUAAAGUAGUGGCAAGAUGUGAAGAUAAAAGUGAGGGUAUAAAGAAGACUCAAAAAGAUAUUACAGGUCCAGAACCAAGACUGUGUGAACUUUGUGGCAGCACUUUUACUACAGCUGAAAAGCUAAAAAGACAUAAGGAUGUCCAUCACUCAGAAAAAACAAAAAUGAAAUGUCCCCAGUGUCCUAAAUCACUUAGUGACAAAUAUGGUCUUCAAAGGCACAUUAAAAGGUGUCAUUUUGAGAAACCAAAGUUAAUAUGUGCUGAUUGUGGAAAAGGAUAUGUAUAUAACCAUGAGCUAAAUCAUCACUACAAAACAGCCCAUCUUAAGCAGCGACGAAGGAUUCCCUGCAAGCUAUGUGACAGGAAAUUUGCUGCUGCUAAAUCUUUACUGGUGCAUGAGAGAGCUGUCCAUACAGGCGAGCGACCUGAAGUAUGUUCUGUUUGCGGUGCUACAUUUACCCACACUGACUACCUAAAUGAGCACAUGCGCCUUCACACCGGGGAGACGCCGUAUAAAUGUCCCGUGUGUGGCAGGGGGUAUGCCCAGCGGUGCAACAUGCGGAGCCACGUCAAAUAUAACCAUAGAAUAUCCCAGCUUGAUGAAGCUUUGCUCAAGACGAUCAAACCCGGCAUAUUGAAACUAAUGAAACCUUAGGCUAAAAUUUUAAAUAUGACUUUGUUGUUUUACUACAGAAUAAGAAAGAGUCCAGGAUAUUUAAUAAUGAUAAGUUUAAAUGUGUCAUAGUUUAAAUUUGUUUCGUUUUUGUUUUACCACGCCUAUUUUGUAAAGAAAUAUUUAUUUUUAAUAGAUCUUGCUUAUCCACUGAAGUUGAUUUACGUUAGUUAAUACAAAAUAGGCGUGUCGUCGUUAGAAUAUAAUUCUUUAGUUGUGCUCAAUAAAAUUGUUUAUUACUCUUGAUGA